AUGUCUGCUGAAGGUGGACAAAAGGAGAAAGGCAAGGACGGCGGAGGAGAGCGCGACAGAGAGGCAGAAAAAUACGGAAAGGAACUGACCGUGGAAGUGGUGGUUGAGGGAACGGAGAAUGUUUCCAUGAUGGACUUAUUAAAGGAGGUGAAAAAGGAGUGUGGAGUGGUGAUGGGCUGCAGGAAGAGAGGAGACAGAACAUAUGAGCUGACAAUGAAGGACAUUGAAGCUAAGGAGAAGUUGAUGGACGGCAUUAGGGUGAGAGGGGCUUUGGUGCACGCAAGUGACAUUGUUAAUAAUGAGAUGGUGGUCUCCUUCAUCAACUUGCCGGUCUAUUUGCCGGAUGGCAAGAUUCUGGCGAAACUGGAGGAGUGGGGAGUACGGGCCAUCUCGCCUCUUAAGCGGCGAGUGUGGCCCGGAACGGAGAUUGUCGAUGGAACGCGGUUUUUAAAGGUGCGGUUCACGGAGCAGGUUCGUUCGCUCCCAUACUCCACCAAGUUUGACACUUUAAGAGAGGCCGGUAGCGAGGUCGGAGGAGACGAAGAGGGACAGGAAGACGCAUCCGACGAGCGGGACCGGGAAACUGAAAUGGAGCAGGACGAAUGGGGAGAGGAGAGCAUGGAGCAAGGCGGUGGCAGAAAGCAGAAGAGGGCCGGAGCAACAGCUAAGAAGGAGAAGAAGCGGCGGAAGGCAUUCGAGAAAAGAAGGGAGGAGAAGGGCGAGGAUGUGGAGGGGAGGCCACAGAGGUACAGAGGAGCACGAAAGGAGGUGGAGGUGGAGGAGGAGGGGGCGUUGAAGGACGCAGUCGCUAAUGCACAACGACGGUGUACCAUGAGGGGAACUGAGAUGGACAAGAGACGGGGGCUGCUGAGUGGCGAACAGCUGGGAAGUGGCAAUACGGAGAGGACCCCCAGAGGACCCACAGCUUACGCCGUUUCCCACGCUCACGACAUCGUCUCCGCAUUUUUACUCUUUGUCACGCCACAAAUCGAAAGAGUAAUCUUGGACGUGACAAAUCGGGAAGGUUAUCUGAAACGCGGAGAGGAGUGGAAAGCCAUGGACGCCACUGACCUACGUGCCUACAUAGGGCUGCUAAUCCUGGCAGGGGUGUACAAGUCCCGAGGCGAAGCGGCCGCCAGUCUAUGGGACGCGCAAAGCGGCAGAGCGAUUUUCCGCACCACCAUGCAGCUGAAACUCUUCUACACCUAUUCGACGUCGAUACGAUUUGACGACCGUGGGACACGAGCGGCGAGACGCGCGACGGAAAAGUUGGCGGCGAUAAGAGAGGUCUGGGAUAUGUGGGUAGAGAGAUUACCACGCCUCUACGACCCAGGGCCCGAAGUGACCGUGGACGAACAACUGCUCGCGUUCAGAGGACGGUGUCCUUUCAAGCAGUACAUGCCAAGCAAACCGGCGAAAUACGGCAUCAAGUCGUGGGUCGCGUGCGAUGCAAAAUCAAGCUACGCUUGGAAGAUGCAAGUCUACACCGGGAAGCAGAUGGACGGAGUCCCGGAGAGGAACCAGGGGAUGCGCGUCGUGCUCGACGUGACAGAGGGCCUGAAGGAUCGCAAUGUCACGUGUGACAAUUUCUUCACCUCUUACGAACUCGGACGAGAGCUCAUGGCGACGAGAAACAUGACCGUGGUUGGCACCGUGCGAAAGAACAGGGCCGAGCUCCUGUCCGAGCUGCUGACGACGAAGACGCAACGGGUGCUGUCGUCGCAGUUCGCCUUCACUCCAACCACCACUCUGGUUUCCUACCUCGCGAAGAAAAAUAAGAACGUUUUACUCAUGAGCACACGCCACACAGACGCUGAAAUCAGUGACAGAAACGACGGCAAACCGACCAUCGUCCUGGAUUAUAAUUUGAACAAAGGCGGAGUCGACAAUCUGGAUAAGGUCAUCACGGCCUACAGCUGUAAAAGGAAGACGGCCCGCUGGCCCCUCGUCAUCUUCAGCAACAUCGUUGACGUCUCCUCCUACAACGCCUUUGUGAUAUGGAGAGAGGUCAACCCCAACUGGAUGCCGCGUAAGCGCAACAAGAGAAGGUUUUUCCUCGAGCAGCUCGGAAGGGCCCUUGUGACUCCGCUGAUCGAAAGAAGACGAUGUCUGCGCCGCACUGGAGCUGCUGCCGCGGUUGUGAAAGAUCUACGGAUGGCCAGCUGUCGCGAUCCGCCUCCUCAGCGGCGACCCGGAGAGGAUGGCGCAGCCGCCACCGCCGCCUCCUCAUCGGCAGGACCGACGUCGCCGGUCCCUGCCAGUAAGAGGAAGAGAUGUCAAAAGACUGAACAACUCAGUCGAGUGCAGAAGAGGGCUUUGCUCAAGCCACAGCGCUGCUAA